AGUAAUGGCCGAGCAAGUGCUGAGCUCGCGAUGCACGUUUGCAUUUACACACUCUCCCAUUUACCGGCAAAGAACAAGAAGACCCAAUGGCCUUGGACGGCAACUGGAACGCUGAAAUACUGGAGGCGGAAAACCAAGUUGCGGAGUGGGCAGCAGGGGAACAUCGUUUUCGUGCGCUGUAUGCGCGCGGUUUCUUUCUGUUCAAGGGGUCGUCAAGUCGACCUACUAACCUGAGAUUGUACGCGCCGGAUAUCUCCAUCAUCGACGAGGACGCGAUUGACCUGCCAAAUGCUGAACCCCUGCCUGGUGUGCCUAAAGUGGUGAUUUACAUCGCCGACGAAAGCGACGACGUCGACGACUUAAUCAAGUUCGUGGCCGCCUACGUGAAUUGGGGUUCGGAUCAAGGUGUGGUUGUUGAUACGUACCAUGAGCAAGUUUGGGUGCAGCUGAAAGGCUGUGCCCCCAGCUCCGGACCAUGGACGAUCAUUGGCUUCGUCAUCCCGGGUCGCUUGAUCCAGGCGCCAUUCGUCGUGCGCGCUUGA